ACUGUAAUGAAUUAAUUAUUAUUAUUUUAGAGAAGCCGUGAUGGAAUUCUUGUAAUUUCCAAAGAUACGCAAUAACUAACCUGGGGGGGGUGGGGAUAUUUAACUUUUAAAAUGAGAGAUUAGUGCUAGUGUUGCUUUUAAAUAAAAGGAUCAUUUUAAAAUAUAUAUGUGUAGCUUUUGAUUAAACGGAGCGUUCUGGGGUCUCUUGAUCAGAAUGCUUCAGUAGCUACACGUGCAAACAACACAACUCGAACAAACACGUCGAGUAUUCGGGAUGAAUAUCUGUUUAACAAACGCUCUGGGACAUUGCAUUUAAAACACGGGUAACACUUUCGCUAGCAUUGCUGUGGUGCUGCGUUGACAGGACAAGGCUCCAGUUAAUAACUUGGCAUUUUUCUAAACUUUGAUUUCUUUUAGUUUAACGAGUCAUAUCAAAAGGACUAUUCAUAUAUAAUGUAUUUAGUGACCUUUUUUUAACCAAAUCAGGGGGGUUAAAUGCUGUAGGGUUUUCCUGUGUUUAUGAAUGGCAGCGUUGUGUUUCAUUGGCUAUUCCGGGUUUAAAAACGUUUUGCACGAACCAGCAGGGUUUAAAAACGUUUUGCACGAACCAGCAGGGUUUAAAAACGUUUUGCACGAACCAGCGGGGUUUAAAAACGUUUUGCACUAACCAGCGGGGUUUAAAAACGUUUUGCACGAACCAGCGGGGUUUAAAAACGUUUUGCACGAAGCAGCAGGGUUUAAAAACGUUUUGCACGAAGCAGCUGGUGUUUUAAGAAGAACCCGUUUUGAGCAGCCAGCGCUCGACUCCUCUCGGACCUGAAUGGGGUUAAACGGUUUUGUUAUUUUGAAGGACCGGUCUGGGAGAUGAAGACCUGUUUGAUCGCGCUGUGCCUGUGCGCGGCCGCCUUGCUGCUGCAGAGCGUGAACGGAAGGAGAGGCCAGGAUCUGCACUGUGGAGCCUGCCGAGCCCUGGUGGAUGAGAUGGAGUGGGAGAUAUCUCAGAUCGAUCCCAAGAAAACGAUUCAGGCAGGAUCCUUCAGGAUCAACCCGGACGGCAGCCAGUCCAUCAGAGAGGUUCCCUUUGCUCGCUCCGAGUCCAGCCUGCUGGAGGUGAUGGAGCGCGUCUGUGAGAAGAUGUCGGAGUACGCUGAGAAGCAGGACCCCGGCUCUCAGCGCCCCUCCUACGAGCGGAUCGUCUCCCGGGACGGCAAGAAGACGGACCUGUCGGGGAGCAGGUUCGACACGCGGGCCGCCGCCAGCCUCAAGUUCACUUGCGAGGCUAUCGUGGAGAAGUACGAAGAUGAGCUGAUUGAGUUCUUCUCUCACGAAACGGAGAACGUCAAAGACAAGCUGUGCAGCAAGCGAACAGAUCUCUGCGACCACGCGCUCCACAUACCUCACGAUGAGCUCUGAGGAUGAGUUUUUCUCGUCGUCUAACAGAACCGGAUCCGUCCAGCUGACCCUUUUGACUUUUUGCAAAACUGGUUCCAACAAACUGAGCCCAGAAGAUCUGAUCCAGCUCCAGCCAAAAAGAGUUUCAUCACCCCCCCUUCAGAAUGAACUCGUUCUGCUUCACAAAGUCCAGUGAAACCUGUCGAAGCAUGUUACGAUAACAUGCUGCAUUACACACCACAGCUUUACAGUUUUCCCAGAAACUGCAACAUGUGACCUUUUGAAAUCUAACUUGAAAUACUGUACUGCUGUUCUGGCUUCCUUUGCGAUAUUUCUUUGAUUUGAUUUGCGUGAUGUUAAAUAAAAUAUCUAAAUUAUGUUCA